AUGGUACAACCGAAAAGACCAAAACUGUUAGUGCUUUCAACUGAUUCAAAAACCAAAAAAUUGACUCCAACUAGGUUGAGAGUUUUCAAGGCAUGCAUAGCUUGUCGAAAAAAGAAAAGAAGAUGUGAUGGUAAGUCACCAUGCUCUCACUGUGCUAGGACGUCGAUAAUAUGUGAAUAUACAAAUACUGCUCGACCUAGGUCACAUUCUAUUGCAUUUGCAAAUGAUGUUUCAAACGACAUACAUCUUAUAGAUUCCACCACAAGUUCUAGAUCGCAUUCUCCGAAGUUAAGUGACAAAGUCAAUCCAUAUAAAACCCUAAUUGAGAGGCUAUAUUCUGGUGCCAGUCUUGAGAGCUUGCAAAAUCUAUCGAGAGAACAACUUAUCAAAACGCUAAACAGUGAAGAGGUUAAUAAAAAUGAUACUAUUAGUUUACCUCCCCGGGAUAUCGCAUUGAAACUAAUCUUAAAGACGUGGAGUUCGGCAUGUGUCUUAUUCAGAUUUUAUCACAGACCUUCAUUGGUUAAGAUUUUAGAUUCGUUGUAUGAACUUGGUACGAAUCCCAAGACUAUAAAACAGCGUAAGGCUGAAUCAUUGAUAUUUGCUGUUUUAGCUGUAGGUGAAUUAUUUUCACAGGAGGAAAAUAAUUCUUAUUCUCGAGGUUUAAACUACUUCAACAAGGCUAAGACACUGAUUGACUUUAAAGACAUCAAUGACAUCCACUCAAUACAGGCUAUAUUUAUGAUGACUAUCUUUCUACAAUGUUCAGGUGAUCUGAAGGCGUGUUACUACUAUAUUGGAAUAGCCCUAAGAAUUGCAAUACGAGAAAACUUACAUAGAAAGCCAUCCUUGACUGGACCCACAGCAAUUGAGGAUGAGACCAAGAAAAGAUUAUUUUGGUCAAUUUAUAAGGUUGAUAUUUAUAUGAAUUGUACACUGGGUCUACCUGCUUCACUAAAUGAAUCUUUUAUAGAUCAGGAGUUGCCAUACGACGUUGAUGAUGAGAAAAUCGUUUCUGAUGGCGUUAUAUUCAAUGAAAAUUCUAAUAUUAUAAGUAGCUGUGGCAUGAACAAUGAACAUACAAAAUUAAUAUUAAUAAUGUUAAAAAUUUAUAGAACAUUAUACUCAAUAGAUGUCGAGAUCCUGAAAAUAGACGCAAAUGUAGUUCUUCAUUUGGAAGACAUCUUAUUUACUUGGUACAAUAAUUUACCACUACAAUUAAAACAUAGAGAAUAUGCCACCAAUAAAGAAAGGGAAUAUUAUCUGAAGCCGAGCAAACUACUAUAUUUGGACUAUCUAUUAACAAAGUUGAUUCUAUUCAAACCAUUUUUUCAUUUUAUUAUAAUUGAUCUGAACUCAAUUCAUGAAAAAAACUUGAAAUUUCAUAAAGAAAUGGCCCACAAUUGUAUAAAGAUAUCAAUAGAGAUCAUCAAUUUGUCAUAUGAAAUGAUUAAUGAAAACUUACUUAGUGGAGCUUAUUGGUUUUCAAUUCACACUAUCUUCUAUAGCGUUGCUUGCUUAACGGUUUAUCGUUAUCACUUACAUAGAAAGAUGAAUUCUACUAGCAAAGAAGAUGAGACUGAUGAAAAUCUGUCUCUUGAGAUAAGCCGGGUUGAAAAUCACUAUAAAAUGGGUUAUGAAACGCUACUGAAAUUAAAAGGUUCAUCAAUAGUAAGUGAGAGGAUUUUCAACGUAUUGACGACGAUUUUUGAGGAAUUCAACGAGAAAAUAGUUCUGUUAUCACAGCAGGUAAUGUCCAACUUAAAGAACACUCUGAUUAAUCAUAGUGUACUUAAUCAUCAGAAAAAAGUCUCUAUUACAAAUAUUCAUAAUGUUUUAAACCACAGCGAUGAUUCGAGUGUUGUGAAUUCGAAUGAAUUUUACAUGGAUUCUGCACUGGCAAAGAACAAUAAUUUGAUGUUUGAUCCACAAGAAUUCUUAGGAAAAUUACUGGAUGAUUUAAACUUUUCAUUAUAA